AUGCAAAUGCUGGCACGGGCACAUUUAACCGCUCUAUGCCUCCUGUUGAUCGUCGCCGGAGUGAAUGGGGGCAAAUGUCUCGACAACUACAGCUUCUACAAUCCAGAAUCGUGGGUCUGCGCGACUAUGGGCCGAAUUUUCCCCGAAACUCGGAAUGCCCUCAUUCGAGACAGAAACAAUGGAUUCAAUUUCAUGGAAAGACAUUGGCGUCAAGUGGGUGUGCCCAUCUUCCAGGGCUAUCGACCGAGA